AUGGACAAAGCGGAGGCGGCGAUGUUCACCAGACCUGGAGGCGGAGUCUUCAGAGGCACUCUACCCGACCCUGGACUGAGCAGCGCGGUGCCAGUACCGGACCUCGACGAUGCUGACGACGAACUUGCAGCUCUACAGUUUAUGGUCACCAGUCAGGAUUUGCCAUUCGGCUGGGAGUUCGACGGCACGGAUGCAAAGCUCAGUGACAUUUUCGUGGACAUCAGCACGAGGAACAUGACGCCCCACGAGCGCGCGGCGUUCAUGCAGGGCAAGCGGAAGGAGCUGACGGAGUUCUUCGGCAAUGACGUCCGGGAGUUUCACAAGCCCACCGGGGAGGAGGACCCUCGGCGGAUACUCAAGGCGAAGUGGGUGCUCAAGUGGACAAAGAACGACGACGGCACACCACGUGCCAAGGUGCCCAAAGACGCGGCAGAACUCAUGGGCAUCGAGCCGAAUAUUAUUAUGAAGCUCAUUAAGCCACUGUGCGGCCAGGUGGACGCACCGAGGCGUUGGUGGCUACGUGCGGUGGACGACUUAAAGGCCAGUGGUCUCAAGCAGCAUCCUUUGGACCCCUGCACGUUUCUCAGUUUCGAUGAGGACGGCAAUAAUGACGGGUUCAUUCUACUCUAUGUGGACGACAUGCUGGGAGGUGGAGAUCGGCGGCCGGGCAGUAACUAUAGUCGAGCUAUCACCGAGGUAAAAGGAAGGUUCAAGUUCAGGAAGUGGAUCGAAGACGUCAAGAUGGACUACUGCGGCAGCGACUUGACGCAGACCCCGCACUGGGAGAACCCGAAGUCGAACAGCAGCGAGAUUGAAGUGCAGAUGGCGACCUACGCGAAGAACCUGAAGCCCAUCACGAUCGACCAGAAGAGCAGCGACAACACGAGGGAGCUCACAAUCAGGGAGAAGCGGCAGCUACGAGGGCAAUUACCUACGGCAAAGGUGGGCACGGCCAAGGAGGCGGACAAGACACUGCGGUUCUACAAGCAGAACUCGGACGUCGGGCUCAGGAUGAAGAAGAUCGCCCUGAUCUACGACGGCGUGGACAUCACGAAGGAUGAAAGCACCCGCAUGGCGGGUGAGUCAGCAUUAGUCGUGGACGCAAAGGCGCUCUACGACGCGGCCCAAAAGGAGAGCAUCACCAACUUCCAGGACAAGCGGACCGGCAUCGAGGUGCUAGCGCUGCGCGAGAGGAUGGAGGCUACAAUGACACGCUGGAGGUGGGUAUCUUCAGAGAGACAAUACGCGGACGGGCUCACGAAGAUCGCGGCGAGACAGCUUCUCGCCGACCGUCUGCGAUAUGGCAGGCUACAGCUCAAGCGUGACCCGAACUACACGGCGGCCAAGAAGAAGACCAAGGAAGAGCGACAGGAGAGCAUAGACCAGACCAGGCCGGUGACAUCGGCGGCAACGCGGAAGGCAACGACACCGUUCAUGCAGUUGGCAGCGUUCGCAACUAGUUGUUGCAGAUCGGCGGCUCACACGGGGUACGACACGAAGAACGAGAACGACGGCUAUGGUAUUGUGGUUUGGUUUGCCAUGUUUUUUUUUCCUUCCAUAUUUCUUGGAUUAUGUGGAGCCUAUCCUGUUGCAUCCUACCUGAUCAAGAUCAAGGAGGCCGAGCACAAGUACAAGACUGAGUUGGCAGUUCUACGGGCGAAGAUUGAAAAGGAAAGGAUCGAGAAGGAGAGAGAACCAAAAGGACCAUCAAGCGACGAACGCGGCGGCUCGUCGAACGACCUGUACACGGCCAGGACGGUGGGAACGCAGAGCAUGACGAUAUACAAGCUCAGCGGAGACGUAUGGAGGUUUCAGCAUCAGACCCAAGGGUUUCGCAGAGCAGGCGAGGUGACGACCGAGCCAGAGUUGACAGAAGGUUUUCGAGUUCACAAGUGA